AUGAAUGAAAGUGAGAAGCCCUUUAAAUGCGAGUACGCUGGUUGCGAUCGACGCUUCGCCAAUUCCUCGGAUCGGAAAAAGCACUCACACGUCCACACAUCAGACAAACCCUACAACUGCCGCGUACACGGUUGCGACAAGUCCUACACUCACCCGUCAUCCCUGCGCAAGCACAUGAAGGUACACGGAGCAGCUGGGGACACAUCUCCACGGUACGACAGCGACGGUGACGAUUCUUCAUCAGCAGGCAGCGUCAGUGUCACAGCAGGCGCCGCGAGCCCUCCAGUCCCAGUACCGCCGCCCCCAAUACCACCAGCGCCGCAUCACCAACAUCACCCCACAAUCACAGAUAAACUAGAGAGCUUAAACGAUAAAUACCUUAACCCACAUGACCAAAAAACCUACGAGCGACCGCCACCACCACAACCUCACCUGACGAAUAUAGGUGGCAACGGUAUGAUGGAUAACAAGCUCGGAUUCACGGGACACUGGGGACAGUUCCAGCAGCCGACCCCACCAGUACCACACGGCGUGCCGGAGUGGUGGUGCCCCUCGCAAGAGUCCUACCACCACCACCAUUUGAUGCACCAUUCUGGGGCGGCCGCCGCAUACUGA